AUGCAGACUGCUUCUACAAACAUUUGUGAAAGACUGUGCAAUAAGUCCAUCCGUGAAAUUUCCUUGAUACUAAAUAUUCACGGUCAAUUGUUAAUGGUAUUAUUACAAAGUGGAAGCAACUGGGAACAACAGCAACUCAGCCACGAAGUGAUAGGCCACGUAAAAUGACAGAGCGGGGGUCAGCGCAUGCUGAAGCACACAGUGUGCACAAGUCGCCAACUCUCUGCAGAGUCAAUAGCUAAAGACCUCCAAACUUCCUGUGACCUUCAGAUUAGCUCAACAACAGUUCAUAGAGAGCUUCAUGGAAUGGGUUUCCAUGGCCAAGCAGCUGCAUCCAAGCCUUACAUCACCAAGUGCAAUGGAAAGUGUCAGAUGCAAUGGUGUAAAGCAUGCUGUCACUGGACUCUA